AUGAAGGAGGCUGUAGUAGGCAAAGGUACCAAAGUCACAAUUCAAGAUGUGCCUAUACCGAAAGCUGGACCGUACCAGGUCGUAACAAAAGUGAUAUAUAGUGGUAGUAACCCCAAGGACUGGAAACGAGCAGAAAUGCCAGACUCCAAGCCCAAGAAUCAAGGAGACGACAUUUCCGGAAUCGUGCACGAAGUAGGCGAACAUGUAUCCGAAUUCAAACCUGGAGAUCGUGUAGCUGCCUUCCAUGAGAUGAUGAAGCCGGGUGGGAGCUAUGCCGAGUUUGCGCUAAGUUGGUCGUCUACCACCAUUCAUUUACCAGAGAAGACAAGUUUUGAAGAGGGCGCUGCUCUUCCUCUUGCGUCUCUCACAGCAGCAGUAGGCCUCYUUGCCCGUCUGCGUCUUCCACCUCCCUGGCUCCCAGCAACUAAACCAACACCUCUMAUAAUCUACGGUGCAGCAUCCAGCGUAGGAAGCUAUGCCAUCCAACUCGCGACCCGUGCGAACAUCCAUCCCUUAAUCUGCGUAGCAGGUAAAAGUGCCGCUCACGUCGAGGCCCUGAUCGACAGAAGUAAAGGCGACACUAUCCUUGACUACCGCUCUGGAAGCGAGAAUGUCGUACAAGGUUUCCGCGACGCCAUCAAGGACCACGGAAAUAAAGCCGAAUACGCUUUCGAUGCCGUGAGUGAAAAGGGUAGUUAUCAAAAUAUUUGCCAGGUCUUGGACCAGAAGACUGGGAAGAUCACCUUUGUGCUUCCUGGAAAGAAGUACGAGGGAGUUCCAGAGGGUAUUGAGAAGACCACGACUACUGUUGGAAGCGUUCAUGGCUUCCCGGAUGAUCUGAAGGAUUUUGGGUUUGUUGCUUUUCGAUAUAUUGCAAAGGGUUUGGAGGAGGGCUGGUUCAAGCCACAGCCGCAUGAGGUGGUACCUGGUGGAUUGGAAGGUGUUCAAACUGCGCUGGAGAAUCUGAAGGCCGGGAAGGCGAAUGCUGUGAAGUACAUUUUCAAGAUUGCGGACACGCCUGGGCUUGAUCAGUAG